CUGUAUAGUGUGCGCUGGAGAAAUGGCAGGGAAUAACAGUACAGAACUUGAAGAGGAGAAUAUCCUCUAUGAUUUACUCAUAAACACAGAAUGGCCUGCUGAGACUGAAACUCAGCUAAAGGGACACAGAAAGAAAAGUUCAUCAAUAAUUACAAAAGCAUUCACAGGUCCAUUAAAGUUUAUACUGCAUUUUCUCUGGUACAGUCCUGCCAGCUCUUCAUUGCCACCUAGACUUACACAGCUUAUCAGUAAGCAAACUAACUGGCAUUUGGUUCUAGCAAGCAACGGAAAAUUGUUGGCAGUUGUUCAGGAUUUGUGUGUCGAGAUCAGAUCUGCCAGGGAUGACUUUGGUUCUGUCAUUGGAAAGUGCCAAGUACCUAAAGAUCCCAAUUUACAGUGGAGGAAAGUGGCAUGGAGCCAUGAUUGCACUCUUCUGGCAUAUGCUGAAAGUACUGGAACAGUCAGAGUGUUUGAUUUGACCGGCAGUGAACUCUUCAUUAUUCCACCGGCUACUAGCUUUCCAGGUGAUUUAAGCUACUCCAUUGCUGGCCUCAUAUUCCUGCAAUACACUGGUAGUGUGCAAUGGUCUGCUGAACUACUUGUUAUAAAUUAUCGGGGUCAACUGAAGAGCUACCUCGUCAGUGUUGGUACAAAUCAAAGCUACCAGGAAAAUCAUAGUUUCAACUUCAAUUCCCAUUAUUCUCAUGGAAUUACAAAUGUUUUGUAUCAUCCUGCACAGAGGUUGUUGCUGGUUGGUGGUACUGAAUCAUGUGAUUCUGAAGCAUCAAAGGCAACUACCUGCGGACUUACAGCCUGGAGGAUUCUGUCUGGGAGUCCAUAUUACAAGCAAGUUACAAGCUACGAGGAUGAUGUGCAUUCUGUGCUGAAAAGAAGCUUAUUCCGGAUGCCCCCAUUUAGACUUUUUAAUAGACAACAAAAUGAAAAGGAUGGUAUUUUCAAGUUGAGUUUGUCUCCACAUGGGACCCUUCUGGCAGCCAUACAUUUAUCAGGGUCACUGACCUUAUGGGACCUUCCUUCUUUGAAACAAUGUGGAGAAUGGAGUCAGAUAAUACAGCCAGGAUUUGAUGAAAUCAACCCAGAGUGGCAUAAUUCCCUUGACAGAAGAAAAAAGAUUAAAGAUAAAGAAUCCUAUUAUCCCCUGAUUGAUGUUAACUGGUGGACAGAUAAUGCAGUAAUUCUUGCAAGAUGUUCUGGCUCUCUCACUGUGUCUUCAGUAAAAACGUUGAAGAACCUUCUAGGAAAGUCAUGUGAAUGGUUUGAGCCUUCACCACAAGUAACUGCUGCUCAUGAUGGAGGCUUUCUUACACUUGAGUGUGAAGUCAAAAGUCAAAAACGACCACGUUUGGAAAGUAGUCAAAAUGAAGAUGAAGAUGAAGAUGGUGAUUCAGAUUCUGAUGAUGAGUGUUCAGCCAAAGCAAGAUAUUUUAGCUAUUUGAAGCAGGGGCUGUAUUAUGUUACAGAAAUGGAACGAUUUGCACCACCACGAAAACGCCCACGCACAAUUACUAAAAAUUAUCGUUUAGUGAGUCUAAGGUCCACAACACCUGAGGAGCUUUAUCAAAGAAAGAUUGACAAUGAAGAAUAUGGUGAAGCCCUAUCUCUGGCAAAAGCUUAUGGUUUAGACUCUGAUCUUGUCUAUCAGAGACAAUGGAGAAAAUCCGCUGUUAGCAUUGCCUCUAUUCAAGAUUAUUUGAGUAAAAUUAGAAAGCGCUCAUGGGUACUUCAUGAAUGUGUGGAGAGAGUCCCAGAAAAUGUAGAUGCAGCGAAGGAAUUACUCCAGUAUGGGCUGAAAGGGACAGACUUGGAAGCUCUUAUUGCAAUAGGAAAUAAAGAAGAUGAUGGAAGAUUCAUUUUAGCUGGUGAUAUUGAUAUUGAAGAUGUUCCAUAUGAAGAUUUUAUGUCACCAGUUGAGGAAUGGGAAAAAAUUAAACAAAAAGAAGCAAAGAAGAGAGAAGAACUUCUGAAACUUGUGGACUUCAAAAAGUUAACGCUGGAACAGAAGGAGCUGUGUAGAUAUCGCUUAAGACUUCUAAGUUACUUAGACAGCUUGGCCACAUACGAGGAAAUUCUUGGAGGAACACAUGCUGCUGAACAGGGAUAUGAUGGAGAAUUCUUCAAGAAAUUCAGAAAUCAGAACAUUGUUCUGUCAGCACGAACAUACGCCAGGGAAAGUAAUGUACAAGCAUUAGCCAUAUUGUUUACUUAUCAUGGAUCAGAGCUUCUUCAGCAUCAUCUUGCAAUUCUUUCCAAUUUCCCCGAGACAACUUCUCCACAUGAAUAUGCAAGUUUAUUGCCAGAAGCAUGCUUUGAUGAUGAAGACAAUCUAAUAUGCAUACCUUGGAAUGAAAAGAGACAUCGAGAUAUGGACUGGUGCGAGUUUCCCCAGUACAGAGUACUUUUGGAACCAAAUUCUCCAGAUGAAGCAGAAUUUCUUUAUUAUGAACAACCAGAACUGAUCAAAUUUCGAACUUCUAAACCAUCAAUACAGCUUUUUACUGAUUGGUAUCUUAAACAGUCAGAGGAGAUUGAAAGCUUAUCCAGACAGGUGGACUGUGCUUUGUCCUUGGUACGUCUAGGAAUGGAAAGAAACAUUCCCAACCUACAGAUUAUUUGUGGUGAUUUGGUUACUUUGGAAACAUUGGUAUAUGAAUCUGUAUAUAAUUUAACCUUGACUCUAAAAGAUUUCCAGCAAAUGAAGGACAUUGAUAAACUCCGUCUUCUAAUGAAUAGUUCACCAGAUGAAAGUUAUGUGAAAAAUGCAUACCAGUGGAUGGUGCCAUUUCUUCAUCGAUGUGAAGGUUUACAGCAUGGAUCUGCCAGUGUACUUUUAAGGGAAUAUUUGGUUACUUUGGCUAAGGAAGACCUCAAGUUUCCAUUAAAGAUUUUUCAGAACUCCAAACCAAAUUGUCAACAGAAGAUCAUUACUGACCAUGACCAAUUAAUGUCAGUUGCUCUAGAGUGCAUUUAUAACUGUGAACGAGAUGAUCAAUUAUGUUACUGCUACGACAUCUUAGAAUGCCUUCCACAAAGAGGUUUUGGCAAUGAAACUGAAGUGACCAAAAAUCUCCAUGACAAAGUGGAUCAAUUGGAGAAAUACCUAAGUGUGGCUGAAGUACUGGAAAAACAUGGACUUCCAAAGCCAAUAUCCUUUGUGAGAAACAGUCAGAUGAGCCAAGAGCAAGCUUAUGAAGUAAUGGUAAAGUUGACCAGAUAUAUGGGACGCAAAAAGCCACCUGUUAGUGAAACCCAAUGGAAAGGACUACUGCAAGAUUUGCUUGAUAUACAGGAGAGUGUGUAUCAGUGCUUGACUCCAGAUAUAUGUCGCCAGAUUUUUACUGAAAGUCUGCUCUGCUCAAGCCAUUUAGAGAAUAUCCACUUGGCUGGACAGAUGAUGAACUGCAGUGCCGUAUCAGUAGAACCACAAGGGAGUAUUGCCUUCCGAAGUAAAGUGCAUUCCAAGGUCAGCUACGAGAAGAGUGUUGAAUUAGUACUUGCAGCAGCCAGCGAGUACUUUAACUCAUCUACAAGCUUAACCGACGAUUGUAUGGAACUAGCCAGAUGCUGCUUGCAGCUUAUCAAAGACUGCCCUCCAGUUAUUAAAGAAGAACUUGACUUGAUCAGUGCAUUAACUCAUCUAGAGGAAUUUGGUGUGAAGAUUCUUCCUUUACAAGUACGCAUGCGGGUAGAUCGCUUAAGUCUUAUUAAAGAAUGCCUUACUACAAGCCAGAUGGCAUACAAACAAUCAACAAAACUUUUGGGACUUGCUGAUCUCUUGAGGGUUGCAGGGGAUAACCUUUUGGAGAGAAAGGGACAAGUAUUAACUUUGCUAGCAGAACAGUCUCUGCAUGUACAGGAUUACAAAGCUGCUAACAGCUAUUGUCAAGAGCUCAUGUCUACAGGUUAUAAUGAGGCCUGGCAGGUGUGCAGUCAGUUGGGACAAUGUGAAAGUUUCCAGGAUUUACGCACAAGACAAGAACUGAUGUCAUUUGCCCUCACACACUGUCCAGCAAGUGUCAUCCAAUCUUUAUUAGCUGCCAGCAGUUCUCUACAGACACAGAUAUUGUACCAAAAAGUGAACCGUCAGAUUGACCCCAUGCCUCUUGGAGAGGAAUCAAAUACUUCUGCAACCGUAUCAUGUAUUGCAGAUGAACUACAGACUGAUGCAAAUGCUGCAACAUCUAAUCAGUCUGUAGAUCUGUUGCAUCGAACAACAGCUAAAACCAUUGAGGUUUUGUCAACCACCUCUAUGACAACAAAAGCUGUACUACAUGCUGUGAGUGACUCACAGUGGUGGAAAAAGUCGAUCAGUUAUCUACGACCUGCACAAGACCAUCAGCUGGUCUCGGCACUAAACAACAUGGAAGUGGAAAAUCACGAUUUGAAUAAACAAAGUUGUAAUGCUUUUUAUGAGUCUUUCCACACUGAGUAUUGCAUAGAUAAAAGUGAAGUAACGUAUACCUCGUACCAGCACAGCUCCUUGGAGAACUUUGCUGAGGUGUUGCUUAGAACUGGAAAGCUGGCAGAAACAAAAAGUGAAGGACAGAAAAUUUUUCCUUCUACUGAAGUGUUACUGCAGCUGGCUAGUGAUGCUUUUCCAAAAGACAUGACUGUAGCCUUAGCUUACUUGCUAGCACUGCCACAGGUAAUGGAUGCCAACAAAUGCUUUGAGAAGCAGGCUCAUUCAGCAUUAUCUCUCCAGUUGGCAGCAUAUUAUUAUGCCCUGCAGAUUUAUGCCCAUUUGGCUCCAUGUUUCAAGGACAAAUGUCAUAUCCUUUACAAGGCUGAUCCAAAGGAACUUAUAAACCUGGUUACAAAACAUGUAACUGAAUAUGCUGAAGCCAAUUGGCCUGAGGAACUUAAAAAACUAAUUCUGCAACUUCAUUUAUACAAUGAGAAACUGACAGACUUUACUCAAGCACAGAUUCUACAGGGUCUUGGCAGAGGAGUGGACGUGCAGAGAUUUUCUGAGGACAUCCAGUAUAAAAAAGAAACCAUACUGGGUUUGGCAGAGACCUUGGAUGAAAGUGUGUACAAGAUUUCUAUAUCACUAGCUCAGCGAUACUGUGUUCCUCUUUGGGAGGUGUACAUGACACAUUUGGAGUUUCUUUUUACUGAUAGUGGACUUUCCACAAAUGAAAUUGAAGACAGAAUACAAGGACUGGGUCUCCUGCAAAUUCUUAAGUCGAAUCCUGAAAGUUUUCAUGAUCACAUGACAAAAUAUGUGUACCCCAGCAUUGAAGGCACUGAUCAUCUUCGCCUACUUUACUACUUUACUUUGUUAGAAAAAUGUGAUUGUUCAGAUCUUGUAAAAAAUCGCAUCAAACCAGAAACUCAUGUACGGCUACUAAAAAAACUGAAGGCAGUUGCUACAGGUCUUAAUUACAGAAAACUAACAGAUGAAGACUGUGAUCCUUUAGAUGCCCUGGGUCCAGUGCUCACUAGCCAAAACACCUUAUCUAUUUCAAAACUGGCCCCUAAGAUCCCAUGGAAACAUGGAAAAAUGUUGUCUCCAAGCAGUGUUUAUGCUGUUUGGCUUCGCAAGAUGUUUUGGAAAGGAGAUCCAGUAAUCCUGAAAAAGACACCUCAGUCAAUGACUGAUUAUAUUUAUGCUUAUGACACCUGCGCUAAAUAUUUUGACAAAAUUUCUCCUGCUGAUAUUAUUUUUAUUAUGGACAAUAUCUGCUUCUCGCCACAGGCCGUCAGCUUGUUAACAGAAGAAACCCGUCUGGAGUUAACUAAAAAAGCUCUUAAAGCAGUUAAACAGAUCAGCGAUAAGUUAAAGAGGACCAAUUCUGAAGACAGCAGCCACCUUGCAGAAAAUUCUCCUGUUCACUUUGAGAAGGCUCUGAAUCAUCUCCAGCAGUCUGUUGCUCAUCUGGAGACACUCAGUCAAAGCUUCAUUGUCUCCCUGAAGAACAGUGACCAGGAACUUUUGAAAACAUAUAGCUCUCAGUAUGAUAUGUCAAGAUCAGAAAAGGAAAAAGUUCAUGAGCUGACUGUAACUAUGGCUUUGGAUGGACAACCCCUUGGUGAUAUACAGAAUUUGCUCAGAGCAGCAGCUGGAUCUCUGGAUAUCUCGCCAAAAUGUGUAGUAAAAGAUGCAGUUAACAGAAUCAUUGCAGUGCUGAGUGGUGAUGAGAAUGUCAUUCUGACAUCUAAGAAAGAUCCGUUGGCAGUUCUUGAAGGAAUUGUUAAAUCAGUACAUGCAAAUGUUGUAAAUGGAGGCAAUUUAGUUUCGUCAGAUGAUAUGUUAGAUUGGUUACGACCCUUCUGUGGAAACACAGGAUUUCCAGUGAGACCGCGUAUUACAGUCCUCCAGAUAUUGGAACAGGCAUUUCAACUCAGCAAUGAUGAUGUCAAAUUGCUGAUCUUCUUCAGAACUCAGACUGUCCUGAAAUCUUGCUGGUCUGAUAAGCAGCUGAACGUCAGUGAUGUUGACAGUAAUGAGAAACGAAGCAAGUUAUUUGCUGAGCUUUUACACUCAAGCAGCAGUGAAGUGGAAUUCCAGCACUUGGUGUUACUUUUGCAAGCCUGGCCACCUGUGGAGAGUGAUGAAAUGGAUGAAAUUCUUGAAAAUCCGUGGAUUAAACUAGCAUCAGCAAUGAUGUCCAAGUGCUCAGUUGAACAAAGAAGUCACAUGGGUAAUGAAGUCUUGAGCAUGUGCCGUUCUCUGUAUAAAACAAAACAUAAAUUACCUGCACAGAACAUCAGGCAGAUAGCUUUGUUGCUUUUGAACCAGUACCAGCUGCUACUCCUUGCUCUGAAGCUGUUAGUAGAAAAUGAAAAUGAAGAACUGCAGGCUCUGACACUAGAGCAGAUAACAAGCAUCAAAAAAGUUGAUGAAUUGAACUGUGAUGAGGAGCUGCUUUCACGAAUUCUUGAUGCCAACCUAUUGGUGAAAUGCGUGAACACCGCGUUCUAUGCUUCCCUGAUCAAGCAUCUUUUAUCCUUUCACGAUGAAGGAGGCUGGAACGUGGAAGACAUUGCCAAGCAGAUGAAUGAAGCAGGUUAUUUUGCUGAAGCAGGGUCACUUAUGCUUUCAUACAGGGGAUCACAUCCCGCACUGUCCACUUUUAACACGGCUCUAAGCAUUGUUAAAAGGUGGCUGUAGAAAAGAAAUCAAUAUUUUGUGUGCAUAUUGUUCCCACACUACACAGUACUAGCAGUUACAAAUAAUGUCCUGUAUGCUGAUAUUAAAAUCAUCAAUGUUGCUACUCCUGAACCAUGAAAGAUUUAUUUGCAAUAACACCAAUGUGAUUUUACAGCUGUUAAUCUUUCCUUAUAAAACAAUAAUGCCACAGUAGCAUCAAAGUGUGGAUGUUUGUUCUAAAAAUGUCUUGCACAAAGUUGUGCUAUGCAAUAAUAAAUUCAAUAAAAAGGUAACUAAGAAUUGGAUUCCUGCAUUCUGCAUUUUUUCUUUGCAUUUCACCACAUACAGUAGAUCUUAAGGGAAUAAGUUGAUUAGAUUGUAGACUGAAAUAUAUUCCUCACAAUAAAGUUCAUAAAAUAUUAUGACACAAAGAAUUAAAUAUUAAUAAAUCUAAUAUACUGUACAUGAGGUCCCCUCAUGAAUUUCAUGAAUGUGCUUCAUUUUCAGCUUUUUUGUUUCAUUACACCAACAUGAGUUAUAUAACAUUUUUCUUAAUGAAGUAAUUUGUACGGUGAUACAGUAGAUGGAAUAUAAUUAUACCCUCACAAUUAAUAUGUUUAAUACAGCAUACAUUUUGGAGCAAAGCGAUUCUGGCAGUGUGUACCUUCUAAUGCCCUAGCCAUGUUUUCUGAAGAUGAAAAUAAUUAUUUAUGUGUUUGGUCUUUAUUUAUUUAUAUGCUCUCUGGAGUGCCUCUGCAUGUCUGUUGUUAAAGUAAAAACAAUUGAAUUCAGAAAUGCUUGAAGUUCAUUUUCAAUGUAUUAUUUACAUCAGCUAUAAUAAAGGUUGACAAAACGAUGGCAUU